GGUGCACCGAUGCCUGGUAGUGGUGGCUACUGGAAUGGGAACGGCCACGGUCCGCCGAAUCCACCUCCAUACGGCGUGCACGAGAUGCGCUCUCAACCCGCCCAAAACGGUGCCCGAUCACAAUAUCAAACGCCCUCGAGUAAUGGCCAAAUCGGACAGUACCAGAAUCCUCUGCCGCAGUACGCUCAAGCUCAAGGCAACAUGCCGGCAGUGCACUCUGCGAACAGAGUCCAUACAUCGGCUCCCACCCAACCUGCUUCCCAACAACCUCAAUUCAUAAACCCCGCCCACCUCUUCUCGCAACCGCCUGCACAGUCGAUCCAGCCCUAUCAGCCCAUACAGCUGACUCCCCAUAGCCACCAAGCUCUAAAUACUCUGUCGAAGCCCUCCCCAGGAAUGGCGCAUAUGCAACCCCCGAACAUGGAGCUCGAUCGCCCGAAGCUUCUGAUGUCUCUUGCGGAAGAAUUCUUCGAUGCUGCACAUCAGCUUGCGCCCUCGGCGUCCCUAUCUAUGACAAGCGCAAAUGUGGAGACCUAUGAGAAAUUGAUUUCUACGGGGCUUGGCUGCUUAGAUACAGCGUUGAAAAAUGUCCGAUUGCCUCCAAGGGUGGAAGCGAAUAUUAGGUUGCGGUAUGCAGGUGUACUUUACGAAGAGACGGAGAAUUUUAUGGAAGCCGAAAUUUCUUUGAGCAAAGGCAUUGCUUUGUGCGACAGGAAUCAUUAUUAUGAUCUUAAGUACGCAAUGCAGUUUUUGCUCGCUCAAUUCAUGUUCAAGAAGAACCCAAAAGCAUCGUUGAAGGCCCUGGAUGGAUAUAUCUCCGAUGCUGAAGCGUACCAGCACUUUUCUUGGGUCUAUGCGCUACGAUUUUUACGAGCAGCUCAUUCGUUGCAAUCUGGUAGCCUUGCCGACAAUCACGCGGCCUUGCAGAAUUUCCGAAGCAUAGCGAAACUUGCGAGUGAACAAAAUGAUCGUGUUAUAUACAUGAUGGCGUCUCUUAUGGAAGCCAUGGCUCAUCUGAAAUUUACCGGUCCAGAGUCCAUGGAGCAUGCUCAGAGGGCCAUUGCCGCUGUUUGGACAUACCAGCUGGACGCCGGUACGAGGAUACCGCAGCUUCUCGGCCUGGCACAUAUUCUAGAUGUGGCAUGUAGUCUUCGACAAGGCGACCCAAAGGUGAUGGUCAGCAAGUUAAAGCUCAUGCAAACAAUGAUGGAUGAAGCUCUGCAUGAUCCUACUUGGAGCACUACGAGUGAUGUUCUAGCACUUCCCAUUAACCGUACACAGAAUAGUUCACAAGUGGUUAGCCCUGAUACUAGAAUGGUUCUAGGCAUUGGGGACGAUGGUCGUGAUAACCUGAUACUGUCGUUCUUGAAUAAGAAAGAUGCAUAUAGUAUUACAUAUCUGCUUUCCGGAAUGGUGUUGCUUCACAAGAAUUCCCCAAAUGAUCGGAAGGGAUUUAGAUACCUAGAAACGGGAAUAUCUUCGUUGGAAGCGGAAAUCCGUGCAUCUAGGGCAACUUCAGGCAUUCUGCCGGAUUGUAUCUCAAAACUUCAAUGGCGUGGGCAAACGAUAUGCUACUUGAACUGCUACAUGGCCUUUUGCGCAGCUGCAAUCACCGAUUGGCCUGCUGUUAAAAGCUAUAUCGACAAAGCGAGGGCAACGGCCAAGAACCUCGAAGUGUCACUGGCUGGUCCUUUAGGAUUCCUUCUUAUGUACCUCACAGGCGUAUAUCACCAGGGCAUCGGCAAUCUCGAUGUAGCCUUACAGAUCUUUCAGGACAAAAAGUUUGAAUUGCUGCUUGAGGCCAAUAGAGCUCACACUACGAGCUCAGCAGAACAAGUUGAACGCGAUAUCGCCUUGCUUGCGGCACUCAAUACACUCUGGAUACUACAAGACAGUCGCCGAAAAAAUCUCACCAGUAAUACAAAUUUGAUUGCGAGGCUAGAGCCACUUUGCAAGAACCAUCCGAAUCAAGAUAUUGAAACAGCUUUUAACCUCGUAGUAGCGACAGUUGAGACAUAUCCCACGGCGCCGCUUUUCAAAGUCAAGAACUGUUUGAGGGCUGCGCUGAAUGGAGCUCAGGCUACUGCAAACACGCAAUUUCUCAGCAUUACAUUGAACGUUAUGUGCAGCAGAUUCUUUUCAAAUGUUGUCGGCGCUCAGGCCGAGAAGAGUGCUCAAGCGGCUUCCGUUCAAGCACAAAAGAGUGGCAACGUCCUCUGGAGGAGUGUGGCAGAUGGAAUGCUAGCACAAUGCUAUGAAGUGAAUGGCAAAACCUCGGAUGCUAAAUCCACCAUGGAUCAAGCCAUGAGGCUUGCACAAAUAGCGAUGCCGAGUUCUUAAUAUCUUGGUGUGUUUCGGGUGGGGAACUGGGGUAAAGGCGCAAGUAGUGGAUGGGCUGGUGGCAGUAAGGAGUUGUGGACAUUGCAUUGCAUUAUGGUGUGAAUUUCUGGCAUGGUGCUCGGCGCAAUCUUAUACCCAUUUGCUUUCUGCUUCUCGAGGAUAGUAAGCUUUGCAAAAGAGAGUAGAGGA